AUGAGCCAACGAGUUGUCGCCGUGGCAGAUGGCGAGGAGCGAGACUGGCUGUUCGAAACAGUGAGAGACGGAGACCUGGCCGAGGCCAAAGAAGCAUUGGCCAAAGUGAACAUGUCCGAGUUGCACAGCAGCCUGAAGCAAAACGCACUGUUUUUUGUAGCAGCUCGACGCCGCCGUGGCUGUGUGCUGCUGGCGAAACUCUGCAUCAGACAAGGCGUUGACCUCGAGCAGGUAGACACCAACCAGCAGACGCCGUUGUUUUGGGCUGCGGCUUCCGGGAAUCUGGCCAUGUUGGAGUUCCUCCUCAACUUCGGCUUCGAGGUGAACUUCAGAGACCUCAACAGAAAAACUGCGCUGUUCUUUGCCAUCAGCUACAAGCACUGGGAAGCGGUGAACUUUCUCAUAGAGCGCGGGGCUUCGUUGGACGUGAGGUCCACCAGCGGACAAAAGCCACGAUCCAUGCUGAAAUCUGCUCAGCACGAAAUUCCGGAAAGGAAGCGCAAAAGAGCUCCUCCAGCGCCGGCCAGCGCAUGUCCAAGCGCGCCAACGAAGAUCCGCUUUGCUUUGUGGGAAUGGGGGGACGAGGAUAGCGAUCCUUUGAUCGAAAGAACAUCCGAGAACGUCGUCGUGGAGAACGCAGAGCGCAUGGAGCGUGAGUUCUGCUCUGAUCACGCUCACCUUCAUGAGCAUCACCAAUGGUACAAUGGUUUGGAGCCACAGCAAGCUGCUGGCCUGGUCAACGUCUCCUUCAAAGAUGAGAAGUCUUACUUGCAACGGAUUGACGAGCUCGCAACUGCAUCAUGCGAUGCCGGCUUCACCCUACCAGCUGUCUCGCGUGAAACUCGAACAGUGGCUGGGUACGUCCAUGCAACUUUCGAUAGCGAGACGUUGAAAAUUAAGCAAUGUAAGGUGGACAGGCCCCACCAAGGAAAGGGCCUGGGGGGUCUGCUGCUCCAGGCCGCCGAGGAGCGUGCCCGCAAUCUCGGGGCUUCAUUCUGCAAGGUCAAGUUGACCGUCCUGGACAGCAAUGAGCCUGCCAAGAAGUGCUACGCCAAAGCCGGCUUCAAUGUUUUCACCAGAAGACCUUCGAUUUUUCCGCCUUGUUCGUGUCCAGAAGGCCAAUGCGGCCACCAGAAGAUGCAAUGGUUGGUUGGCAACAGCGCUCUGCCUGACAUGUGCCAUGCCAGUCCAGUCGGAUACAAUAAGAAGGUCGCCAGUUUUGAACUGUUCGUCAUGGUCAUAUUGACCUAUACCGCCGCGGACAUCUCCCCGGCCCUCGCCGCAAGCAUGAAGAUGUUGAAGCUAUUUCGGAUCAUGCGCGUCUUCCGAGUCUUCCGAUUCUUCAGAGAGCUCGGGAACUGGGCGAUGAUGAUCAUCGAUUCCUUGAAGUCGCUGUUCGGGGCAUUGAUCCUCCUCGGUAUCAUUGUCUACGUCUUUGCGGUGAGCCUUUCCAUGAACACUGCAGACUGGCUUCUCCAACAGGAAUCUGCUGGCAUGGUGGAUCGAAUGCUCUACGAGGAUGUAGAGACCUGGUUCGGCUCGCUGGGCUCAACGGUUUAUACAUUGAUGCUGUCGAUCCUUGGGGGCGUCAGCUGGCACAUCGUCUGCGACCUCCUCUUCAGAAUCGACAUCCUGUCAGCGUGCAUGCUCCUGUUUUACAUUAUGUUUACCAUCUUCUCUGUGCUGAACGUGAUCACAGGAGUCUUCGUGGACUCGGCCAUUCAGACGACGAACUCCCAGCGGGACAUUCAGAUCGAGCGAGAGCUCGAGUUGAAGGACUCCUUCCUGAAGUCUCUCAAGGACUUCUUCGAGGCUUUGGACACGGACGGCAACGGCGCGAUCCAUGUGGAUGAGAUCAAGAUCAUGCUGCAGGACCAGACACUCGCCGCCUACUUCGCAGUGCUGGGCUUUGACGAAGUCAAUGCGCACCAAAUCUUCCACCUGCUCGACGACGAUGAGUCCGGCGAGGUGAGCAUACAGGAAUUCCUUGACGGCUGCGCGAAGCUGAAGGGGCAAGCACGAAGCAUCGACGUCCAUGCGAUCAUGCACCAGUGCAGGGCACUCCACCGUGACAUCAGCUUCGUCGGCUCGCAGUUGGGUGUGGACCUGCAUCAGGCAGCCCACGCAAGCCGGCAGUCGCACUGGUUUGGGCGCCAAACACAGACAUCCGUUCUGCAACCAAACUCAAAGCGCUUGAGUGCUGCCGCGUGA